GCGAACGCCGCGCAUUCGCCGGCGAGCGCUCGCUUAGAGUGGAGAGUGCUGCGAGUUGUGCCGCGUAUUUUUACUCUCUCUCUCGCGCGUUCCUUCUCCUCACGUCAAGUGCCACGGCCCGUCUGCUACGCUGUGCGGUGCGAUCGUCCGAAAUUCGCGAACGCGAUACUACUCCAGGAAAUUACACAUCAGGACUCGUUGGAGUUCACGUGUUCCUUACGUGUUUCAAGAAUCACGCAUUUCUCGGCAAUCGUCAUUGUCGAACUUGCUAAGUGCGAUCUCCGACCGUCAAGUUGUGGACCCACGAAUCCUCGAGUAUCGAGACGUAAUCUUGAAAUAAUCGCAGAGUGGUGCUCGAUGUAUUAGGAGAGUUCAGCUUUCAGUGCCGUUCUCGGGUUUCUAAACAUUUACCGCCGGGUUGAUCUACCACAGCGAUAUCGAGCUGUGACCGGCGAGUCUUAAUCGAUUUUUGAUUGCUGAAUUCUAACUGCCAAGCUCCAAUCGUAAUUGUGCAAGUGUAACUGUUAGGAUAUCAGCGCAGCGUCGGCCGCUGCGGGACGAGUGAGCGAACGAGCGAACUAGGCUCGUUCGGAAACCACCAACCCUUGCUCUCGAAGGUGCGAAAAAGGAGGAGAUCGAUUCCGUAAUUCCGAAUCGAGCUAUCGAGUUCGAGGUUCAGUGUAAGGAUCGGAAAGGAAGAACGCAGGAAUUUAAAGGAAAUCGAAGAGGAAGCGCUUUCUUCAUAUUUUUACGCGAUAAAGAGACGCUGGAGUAAAAUUAAUUAGUAACGCUAAAUAAUGCAUUGACACUUGAGAAAAAGAAAACAGAAAGAGAGAAUUGCGGAUUAGCUGAAAUUCUUGGCUUGUAAAACUAAAUAUCGUAAGUGGUACUAGUCGUUCGGAUAAGAGACAAGCAAAGGGAACGAUUUAUUUGAUUAAUACAUACAAUCAUUUAACGGUUGAAGAACAAAGAUUUUCCGAGUACAGAAAUUGUCCGAGAGACUAAGAGUCUUACUGGUGGAGAGAGAAAAGGACGAGAGGAAAACAAACAAAGCGUCAUGUGAAAUUUGUCAUCUUUAAAGAGAAAUCGUGAUAAGAUAACACGGCGGUCGUUGCUGCUAAUAAACGUGCUCGACGAGAGGGCAGAUUGUGAUUUCUUGACGAAGGACGCGAGAUUGUAAUCUCGGCUGUCAUCUUGAGAAAGGAGCUCGAUCGCGCUCGAUUCGGAGCUCCGCAGUGAGUCGCAAGAGUUGUGCAAGAUCGACGUGUCGUCGCGCGGCUGGAAAAGGGGGCUGUGUUACUCAACACGCGGCUUUAUCGAGGAUCCCGCGCGAAGGAAGAAUCGCGUUCGACGUGCCAGGCGGAGACUCGUAAUCGUGGUUACGCUCGUUCAUCAGGUAGAAAACGACACGUGGGACCAAUAUCGGCUGCCUGUUAAUCGAUCGUCGCCACGGUUUCCUCCGAGUCGCCAGGAAUUAGCAGGGAAGGUUCUAAUUAACGCUGCCAUUAAUAGCUCCGUAUCUAAGCAGUGACGACUUCAGCCGAUGAUUAAUAGAUAACCGCCGAUUAAAUACCUGAUCGAGGCGAAGAACGAGAGCGAGAGGAGAAGAGUUUUCGCUGUUUCUUUUUGAAAUAAUGUUCUUGUGCUUUAACACUGCUCUAUAAUUAUCAAUUUUCUAUUCAUUCUAUAUAUAAUUUUUCUGAAACACUAGAAUAAGAUCCGUUCGUUUUCUUUGCAAUCUCUUUCUUUCUCUUUUGCGUGUAUACGAAAGAGAAUUUAAUGAAGUGCACGAGAGAUUAAUUAACGAUUGAUAAUUAUACCGCUACGAAAUUGAGCAAUGAUGACUCGAGCAGAUGAUUGACUGUUCGUUAUAAUAAUUAAUUUCGUAAGAGUGUUGGCGAGUGUCGCGUGUGCUCGAGAAAGGACAUCAGCCCUUUUUGUGCGCGCGAGUGAAUGUCAGUGUCCUGCCGAGGGCCGAGAAUAUGAGUACGGCGGUAAAGUGCAAAGUGAUGUAAUUGGUGCAUUCGCUGCGGAGGCAAUGUGUGAUGCCAAAUCAGUCCGAAUGACACUUAGCCCACGCAGCUGAUGACAAACGUAAACAGGAUCAAGGUGGUCGUCCUCGGCGGCCCCAGAGUCGGUAAAUCAGCCGUGGUUGUGCGGUACUUGACGAGGCGAUACAUCGGCGAGUACAGCUCGACCAGUGAUUUUCUCUACCGACACAGCGUCACUAUUGACAAUGUCACGACGGAGGUCGAGAUACUUGAUACAUCUAGGUGCGAGGAGAAUGGCUGUCUGUACUCGCAUAUACGGUGGGGCGAGGCCUUCGUCGUGGUCUACAGCGUGACAUGUAAACGGAGCUUUCAGGAAGCCCGUGGACUUCUCAAACAACUCGCAGAUCUACGCCUGCCAUCCUAUUUCACCGCCCUCCUGCUCGGCAACAAGAGAGAUUUGGAUCAUGCACGAGAAGUAUGCGUGGACGAAGGCCAACAACUGUCGCUGGCGCACGGAUGUCAGUUUUACGAGGUGAGCGCCGCGGAGAGUCCCGCGGGAGCGGCGUUAGCCUUUCAAGCGCUCCUGCGGGAGGCGAGAUCGGUCCAACUUCUGCGAGCGUUGCCGAUCCGCAGAAAACUGGGCGUACACUCAGUCUCGAGAGUCCUCGGGACAAUCUUCGGCAAGAACACCACCAAGGAUCGUAAAAAGAGGCCGUCGUUGAGUAUAUGACGCCUUCUAU